AUGGAGCAGACCAAUGCAACCUUCCAGAGGGGCUUUGUCCUCCUAGCCUUCUCCAGCUUUGGGGAGCUGCAACUCUUGCUCUUUCCAUUGUUCCUCUCCUUGUAUCUUGUCACCUUGACCAGCAAUGUCUUCAUUAUUAUAGUCAUCAGGCUGGACAGCCAUCUGCACACCCCCAUGUACCUCUUCCUUUCCUUCUUAGCUUUCUCUGAGACCUGCUAUACUUUGGGCAUCAUCCCUAGAAUGCUUUCUGGCCUUGUCAGGGGUGGGCAGGGCAUCUCCUAUGUGGGCUGUGCUGUCCAAAUGUUCUUCUCUGCUUCAUGGGCCUGUAGCAACUGCUUUCUUCUGGCUGCCAUGGGCUUUGACAGAUAUGUGGCCAUCUGUGCCCCACUACACUAUGCCAACCGCAUGAAUCUUACUCUCUGUGCCCAGCUUGUUGGCACCUCAUUUCUGAGUGGAUACCUCUUUGGUCUGGGAAUGACACUGGUCAUUUUCCACCUCCCAUUCUGCAGCUCCCAUGAGAUCCAGCACUUUUUUUGUGACACCCCGCCAGUGCUGAGCCUGGCCUGUGGAGAUACAGGCCUGAGUGAGCUGGGAAUCCUGAUCCUCAGCCUGCUGGUUCUCCUGCUCUCCUUCUGCCUCAUCUCGACCUCUUACACCUACAUCCUGGCAGCGAUCCUGAGGAUCUCCUCCACUGAGGGGCGGAAGAAGGCCUUCUCCACCUGUGCCUCGCACCUCACAGUGGUCAUUGUUCACUACGGCUGUGCCUCCUUCAUGUACUUGAGACCCAAAGCCAGUUACUCUCUUGAGCGGGAUCAGCUUAUUGCUGUCACCUAUACUGUGGUGACUCCUCUCCUCAAUCCCAUCAUUUAUAGCCUAAGAAAUAGGGCUGUGCAGACAGCCCUGAGAAAUGCUUUCCAAGGGGGAUUACUGGGUAAAGGAUGA